UGUUAGUAUAAAUACUGCAAUGCUCAAUGUAGUAAGCCUAUGCCGUUAUCUCGAAAUUGAUAGUAGUGGCCUAUUCCUAUCAAAUUUCCAUGUCUAGAAAACAUUGUUCUAUUAGGAAUUAAACUACAUAAGUUGGAAUGUUCAACCUUUGAUUGAAGGUGGAAGAAGAGAAUAAUCAUAGCAAUGAUGAGAAAAUAUCCUUUGAGAAUCAAAGACUUAAUUUUCCUUGCAUAUAUAUUUCCAUGUUGUGGGGUUGUAGAGAGAGAUAGACAACCAAGCCAACCUGGAUUGUGUCAGUACACAAACUGUUUGAUAAUUUGCCAGAAAGAUAUAGCAUUGUCUCGUACCUCAAAAUUUUCGAGUGUCAGUUUUGACGAAACUGCCAAUAAUAUGGCCCCUCUGCUUCGCCACAUUCAGAAACAUCAACUGAAUCAGAGAAUAUGAGGAAAAAAGAUGUCACUAAAAAAUUUCAGAGCUAGCACGUGGAGAAAGCCAUGUUUUUUACGUUAUAUCAAUGAUUAAUUACUUCAGUUAGACCAAUUCUGCUGCUUGGUUUACUUGGAAAAGGAAAUUGAGGACUCUUGCUUUAGCUGAGAGAUAGAAGAGAAGUGUGCUUGAAGAGAAAAUUGCCUCGAUUCUUAAUUGGGCUGGUCUUGUAAUUUCUGGGUGAUGGUCUGAUGAUGGAUGAGAAGAGGAUGUCAGGUUCUAUCACUGUUGUAUCGGAGGAUAGUAGCGAUUCGUUGUUUCCAAUGUUGUUUGGUGUUUCUUGUGCGUUUUUUUCUCUAAGGCUGCUUCCACAGCCUGAAUUAUGUGAUGAUAAGUGGUCACUAGUUAGAACUAGAAUGCUUGAAGGGAGUAGUCGUCUCUUAGGAUUACUCGUGUGGCGGGUUCAAAGGGACAUGGCAAAAAGUAGAAAAUCAGAGCUUCUUCAGAGGCUUGAGGAUGCAGAGAAACAGGUUGAGGAAAUGAAGAAGAGAAGAAGCGAAGAUGCAAGAGCCAAUGAGAGAGUUGUGAGAAUAGUCGCAACUCGGGAGCAGAGCUGGUCCGAUGAGAGAAAGAAGCUCAGGCAGCAAAUCGGUGGCCUUAUGAAUGAUUUGAGAGUUGUAAAGAUGAAGAGUGAAAGAUCAAUUGCUGAACUGAAUCAGAAAUUGAUGGAAAAUGAAGCUAUUAUGCAUUUGAAGGACAAAUCCAUUGAGGAAGUGGAGCUCAAGAGAAUGGAGAUUGAUGAAAAAGUUAAGAAGGCUGAGAAUAUUGUAGAAGAGAUGAGAGAGAAUGCACAGCGUGAAGCUCAACGCCAUGCUAGUGAAACCUUGAAGCAUAAAACGGCAUUCAUUGAGCUUGUAUCUAGUCAGAGACAGCUUGAAGCAGAGAUGAGUCGGGCUGUAAGGCAGGUUGAGGUAGCAAAGCAAGAGCUUGAUUCAGUUUUGGAUCAGAAAGAGCAUGCUGUCCUGGUUGCCCAGAAACUUUCGAUAGAGCUUGUUAAAAUGCGUAAAGAUUUGGACCAGAAAGAUCAAAUUGUGUCGGCUAUGCUGAGAAAGUCUAAAGUAGAUAUGACCGAGCUUUUAAAGGAAGUAAAAUCAUCAAAGGCAAAGAGACAGCAAUCUGAUCUAGAAGCAGCACGAUGGAAAGCAAUAUUUGAGUCUAAACAUGAUAGGCAUUUACUAAGGAAUAUAUUGUCUAAGAAUGUAAGUGUAAAGUCGGAUAUAUUCUCUGGUGGAAAAGGCGGGCAUUUAAAAGUUAUGACAUCACUGGACGCUGGAAACCAUAGAGCAUCAGAGACUGAUUAUGGCGAGUUUGAGCAAGCAGAAGCUAUUAAGCAUAUUAACGACCCAUAUUUGACUGCACGAACUGAUGAGGCACAGUCUCUAGCUAAUGUUGAGCGCUUGGAGAACUGGGACAACUUGGAAACAGUGAAAUACGAAUUUCCACUUCAGCAAAGGCAUAACCUUCAAAUAGAUGCUUUUGUGGAUCAACUGAGGCUCAAGGAUAAAAGGUUGGAAGCUUUCCGUUGGCGUUUGUUGAGCAUGGAAAUGGAAGCGAAGAGGUUGCAGUCACACAUUGAAGGGAUCGAUCAUGAGAUUACACAGGUGAGGAAUGAGAAUAUGAGGCUGGAAGCUCUACUGCUGGACCGCGAGACAGAAUUACAUGCAUUGAAAGAGCAGCCACUGAUGCAGUUCAAUCCUCCAAACCUCCAGAAAUUGAACUUUGAAUCCUCUCUACACGAGGCAGCCAUGCACCAUAAUACGGUAUGGUCGAGAGUCAAGGUCAUCAAAAGGAAACCGGGGCAGGGAAGGCAAGAGAUGAAAGUUACAGCAGAAGAAAUUCCUCAAGAAGUCGAGAAUGAAAAGGUGCAUGAAAUAACGGUUGAUGAGCAGCUCAAGGAUAUAGCUGAGACGCUUAAACAUCCGCAUAAGGAGAUCAAAGAUGCAAAGGUUGCAUCCCUGGAUCCUAAUCAUGUAAGGCAGGGAAGAAGUAGUUCAGAUGAUGCAGCGAAUGUCGAAACAACAAUAUCAGCAGGCCAAGGAUUAAGUAAGAAGAAAAACUCUACACUGAAAUUGGAUAUUCAUGCCCUUGGAGUCUCAUACAAGAUCAAGAGACUUAAGCAGCAAUUUCUAAUGCUCGAGAGGUUGAUGGGGAAGCAAGAAAACAGCGAAAACAACAAUGUGGAUAUUGCAGCAAAGGGAUUAUAUGCCCUUACAUCCCUCCAAAAUAAGCAGGUUGAUCGAUACCAGUCCCUUCAGGGGAAAAUUGAUGAUCUCUGUCAAAGAAUGGAUGAGAAGAACCUGAAUCUGAGCUGCAGAGUCUCUGCUAUUGCUAGAACAAGCAAUGAAACGAAGAGGCUGGAGCACUUUCUCGAAGAAACCUUCCAAUUACAGAGACAUAUAGUCGUGACAGGACAAAAAUUAGUGGAAGUUCAAGCUAAGAUUGCCACUGGAUUUCUUGAUUUUGUAGAAAAGAUUGAUCAGCCUGAGAGCUUUGACAUGAAGAGAUUUGCUGAUAGUAUCAUAACGCUGUUCAGAGAAGUUCAGAGGGGCCUUGAAGUCCGAAUAUCUCGGAUUAUUGGGGAUCUUGAGGGAACCCUGGCAUGUGAUGGUAUCAUACAUGUUAAAAAAUAGCAUGGAAAUAUUUAAUAAUGAGAAGACGAGACCAUAGAAUAGCUCCUUAUGUCUCACUGUAGAGUGUCUAAUGUAACCACAGAGUCUACCCCUUUUCGGUUUCGUAGGGGUUUAUUCGUCUUUUCUGUUCAGUUAUGGAAGUUAUUCUAAUGAAAUUAUGUUUUACAUACUUA